AUGGACGGCACAAAGAAGAAGGCCCCCCUCGAUCUGGAGGAGCUGAUCAGGAAGAAGAAGGAAGCUGAUGCGGCAGCGAAGAAACCUCGAUUCAUACCGAAAGCGCAGAGGCUGGCGCUCCAGGCCAAGAAAGCCGAGGAAGAGAAAUUGCAAGAGGCAGAAAAGGAGCGAGAGCGAAAACAGUCCAGUGAGCGAUCAAGAAGAGAAUUUCUGGCCCUGAGCGACCCAAGAUACCAGAAGAACUCCUCAGCCAUUCCUACCGGCCCCAAGGCGAUGCGCCACAAUGGGACCAGCAACGGGCACGUGAAUGGUGACAGAAAGAAAGAUGCAGAAUCGGACAAGGUCAGCAAGGGUAAGCGGACCUGGGAGGAUGACGAAGAGACGCUCCGUAGGGAGCGAUAUAUGGGGCCUCAGGUGAAUGAAAGUACCUUCUCCGCCAACAAGAAACGAAAGAGGACGGGCAACAAGUUCAACUUUGAGUGGGAUGCCUCAGAAGAUACCAGCAAAGAAUACGAUCCUAUUUAUGCCCAGAAAGCAUCCUCGUUCAUCGGGUCUGGUCGGCUGGCUGGUUUCGGGGACGAGGUGGCAGAAGAAAACGCGAGGAACUUUGCUGCCAAGUUGGCGCAAAGGGAUCCUCAACGGGCAAAAGAGUACCUCGAGCAGUUCGAGGCGGCCAAAAAGAAGUCGGCGGCUCGAAACACGCUUGGAAAGCACUGGUCUGAAAAGGAUCUCACGGAAAUGCGCGAGCGAGACUGGCGUAUUUUCAAAGAAGACUUUGGCAUUGCUACCAAAGGCGGAGCGAUUCCGAAUCCAAUGCGGAAUUGGGGCGAGUCGGGCCUGCCAAAAGACCUCCUGGAUGUGAUCAAGCAAGUGGGCUAUGAUGAUCCCUCGCCUAUCCAAAGAGCUGCGAUCCCCAUAGCUCUACAGGCGCGUGACCUGAUCGGAGUAGCUGUGACAGGUUCAGGAAAGACUGCAGCUUUCCUCCUGCCCUUACUGGUCUACAUCCGCAGCCUUCCGGCCCUCGACGAGUACAACAAGGCCGACGGCCCUUACGCUCUCAUCAUGGCGCCGACCCGUGAACUGGCGCAGCAGAUCGAAUCGGAGGCAAAGAAGUUCGCGGAACCUCUAGGCUUCAAUACAGUCAGUAUUGUUGGUGGACACUCUCUGGAAGAACAGGCCUUUGCUCUGAGGAAUGGUGCCGAGAUCAUCGUCGCAACGCCAGGACGUCUCAAGGAUUGUAUCGAACGACGUCUCCUGGUACUCUCACAGUGCUGCUACAUCGUUAUGGAUGAAGCAGAUCGAAUGAUCGACCUCGGCUUUGAGGAGGCAUUGAACAGGAUCCUCGAUGCCCUCCCCGUCAGCAACGAGAAGCCGGACACGGAAGAGGCCGAGAAUGCUUUGCUCAUGAAGCAAAAUAUCGGCAUCAAGGACCUUAAAUAUAGGCAGACCAUGAUGUACACCGCCACUAUGCCGCCACUCGUCGAGAAAAUUGCCAAGCAGUACCUCCGACGACCAGCCAUUGUGACCAUCGGCAACGUUGGAGAAGCUGUCGACACAGUUGAGCAGCGGGUCGAGCUCAUCAAUGGAGAGGACAAGCGCAAGAAGCGGUUGGGAGAGCUUCUACAUUCAGGCCAGUACGACCCACCCAUCAUCGUUUUCGUCAACAUCAAGCGAAACUGUGACACGGUCGCGCGCGAUAUCAAGCGACUCGGUCUCAACGCCGUCACGCUGCACGGCAGCAAGACCCAGGAGCAGAGAGAGGCGGCAUUGGACUCCUUGCGCAAGGGCGAGUCGAAGAUCCUGGUGGCAACGGAUCUUGCUGGACGUGGUAUCGAUGUUCCGGACGUCUCACUGGUCAUCAACUUCAACAUGGCGCCAAGCAUCGAGGCAUACACCCAUCGUAUCGGUCGUACGGGUCGUGCGGGAAAGAGUGGUGUUGCAAUCACAUUCUUGGGCAGUGAAGACGAUGACGUGAAAUAUGAUCUGAAACAGAUGAUCAUGAAGUCCCCGAUAUCCAAGGUGCCGGAUGAGUUGAGGAGGGACCCAGCUGCCCAGCAAAAACCAGUCAGAGGCAGAAAGACGGAAGCGCCUGCUUUUGGCGCAAAGAGCGCUUGGUAG